CCGCCAAUUCCAGGCGAUAAAAAUCCCAUUCACCCCUGACACGGAUGCUGCUCUUUCCCCUUCACCAUCACCUUUGCAACGGAGUAUCGACCUUGGAGGCGGACUUCUUCCCUUCUUACGUUCGGCCUGCCAGUUCCGGGCUCGCGUUGUCCAUUUUCCCUCUUCCAUAUACCGCGCUACAACUGCGCAUCACCACCCAACUUUCAUCGCCACCAUGGCGUCUGCGGUUUUGAACUCGACCAUCACUGGUCUGAGCUCAACGGCUUCCCUCACGGCCGUCUUCGAUGAAGUCUCCAAAUACAAUGUUCAGCUGAACGUCUUCGAGCGCCUGUGGGCCUCCUGGUACCUCUGGAUGCAGAACGAUAUUGUCGCCACGGGUAUCAUGAGCUUCGUCAUGCACGAGAUCGUCUACUUCGGGAGGUCACUUCCAUGGAUGAUAAUCGACGCGAUCCCCUACUUCAACAAGUACAAGCUGCAGAAUACCAAGGUGCCGACAUGGAAAGAACAGUGGGAGUGCGCGGCGCUCGUCCUGCUCAGCCACUGCACAGUUGAGCUCCCCCAGAUCUGGCUGUUCCACCCGUUGGCGACCUACUUCGGCAUGGACUAUGGCGUUCCCUUCCCGCCGGCGUGGAAGAUUGCGAUGCAGAUUGCCAUCUUCUUCGUCAUCGAGGACGCUUGGCACUAUUGGUUUCACAGGGCGCUGCACUACGGCCCGCUGUACAAGGCGAUCCACAAGCUGCACCACACGUACAGCGCGCCUUUCGGACUCGCCGCCGAGUACGCGUCCCCGAUCGAGGUGAUGCUUCUGGGUUUUGGUAUCGUCGGGUCGCCCAUCGUCUGGGUCUCGCUCACGGGCGAGCUGCACCUCAUCACCAUGUACCUGUGGAUCGUGCUGCGCCUGUUCCAGGCCAUCGACGCCCACUCGGGCUACGACUUCCCCUGGAGCCUGCGCCACAUCCUGCCCUUUUGGGCUGGCGCCGACCACCACGACCUGCACCACGAGCGCUUCAUUGGCAACUACGCCUCAAGCUUCCGCUGGUGGGAUUACUUUCUCGACACCGAGGCCGGCGAGGCCGCCAGCAAGAGGCGCCGCGAGAAGAAGCUGGCCGAGAUACGGGCCAAGAAGGCUCAAUAAUCACCGCUUCCUCCUUUUGGCGGACGUGGGCCCGCUGAGGAUGUCAACGGACAUCGACUGACUGACUUUAGCAUUCUCGCGUGGGGAUUGAGUGUGCAAGCCAGGCGGUUUGUCAAUGAUGUUAUUGGCAAGUUGUGAAGACAGGGAUUGGAACCAAUCUACUUAUGACGUUUGUGACGCGACGAUAGCACACGAGACCCGGGGGUAUACACAAUAAGUAGACUACUACUAUCACUGGCCACUAUGGAAAGGCAGGCAGAAGUGGACGGCGCAGUCUUGGGCAAGGACGUUCGUCGGCUGGCAGUGCAUGAUAAUCAUUAAUAGUAUUAAACGCCCACCCAUCAUCCGUUUGUAUGGUAUUGUACACGUGUAUACUCCGUAAUGGCAUUGCAUUGCAUAGGUACGUUCCC